UGCAUGCAUUGCAGUGAUGGAUUCAACAGAAAGGCCCCUAAGAAUUCCCCCGGAAAUGGCCAUUUAUGCAGAGAAACACGACAUAUUUCACCUGAUCCAGACCCUUGUGAGAAAUCUGAUGGUGGACAAACCAGAUGACCCCAUUCAAUACCUGAUUAACUUCCUGGAAAUGGACAACGUUGAUGUUCCUAGAAUCAUAUUACUGGGUCCUCCAGCAUCCGGGAAAAGAACCGUAGCUAAAAAGUUAUGCAAGCACACUCAGGCUGUUCAUAUAACUUUUAGCGAUAUUUUAAAAGAUGACAAUGACCUGACAAGAGCUGCACAGAGUUAUCACGACAAAAAACAGAAUGUCCCCAAAGACCUCUGGAUCCAACUGAUUCAACAACGUCUAUCAAAACCUGACUGUGUUCGGCGGGGCUGGGUUUUGGAAGCCAUUCCCAAGACGCAAGAAGAGGCGCUAUGUCUACAAGAAGCAGGCAUCACCCCAGAUCACGUUGUGAUGCUGGAAGCUCCUGAUGUCGUCCUGAUUGAAAGGAGCUCGGGCAAGAGGAUAGACCCUGUCACAGGAGAUGUUUAUCAUGUCACCUUCAUGUGGCCUGAAAGUGAAGAGGUUGCACAGCGUUUAGAAACACCCAGGACUCUGAUGGCAGUUGAACUUAUGAGCCGAAUGCUGCAGAAAUACCACACAGAAGCUCACGCUCUGAAGCGCACCUACCACAACUGCCUGAAGAUCAUCAAUGCUGACCAGCCUCAUGUAGAUGUAUUUUCGCAAGUGUUGAACUUCAUCUGUACUCCACAACACUCUCCUUCACCCUACACUCCCAGAAUCCUGCUGUUUGGACCACCAGGUGCAGGAAAAAGUCUGCAGGCAAAACUAAUUGCUAAGAAAUACGGCAUCAUCAACAUUUGUUGUGGUGAGCUUCUGAAGGCUGUGUCAGCUGAUGAGAGCCAUAUGGGGGAGCUCAUUAAACCAUACCUGGAGUCAGAACAGCGAGUGCCGUCCAGCAUAGUCCUGCAGAUCCUCACAGAGAGACUGAGCAGAAUGGAUUGCACCACACGGGGCUGGGUGCUUCAUGGCUUUCCUCGAGAUGUUGAGCAGGCAGAAAUUCUUCACAAGUCUCAUUUCACACCAAACAGGGUUUUCUUCUUGGAGAUUACUGAUGACAUCGCAAUCGAAAGACUAGCACUUAGGGCUGUGGAUCCUGUGACAGGAGAAUGGUACCACAGCGUGUAUAAACCUCCUCCUGGUCCGGAAGUUCAGGCCCGACUUCGGUUUAACCCACAGCAUUCAGAGGCACAGCUGUUAAUGAGGCUUAAGGAAUACUGGAGCCAAACAGUGAGCCUGCAGGCCUUCUACCCACAGGCAGUGUACAUCAACGCUGACCAGGACCCACACACUGUGUUUGAGUCACUGGAGAGUCGGCUAGUGGGCCAACUACCCAAAAUCCUGACUAACCUACAAACAAAUGAGGGCUAAUGCUCCUGAAACACUUCAAAAAAGAGAUGCACCACCCAAAAACUGAAGUCUUGUGUAAUCAUAGAUGGUUUGACUUAUAGAACACAAACGUAGAUUUUUAAAAAGAGCAAUUUAUAAAGCCAAACAGUGGAUGGACUUAAAAAACCAUGCAAAAAGAAACAAAAA